UUUGGUCCUCCCAAAACACUCUUGAACCGCGUUUUCCUUCUCUUUGGCCCUUUUGUGGAACUUACACAGUCUUAAAACUGGCCAGAACUCAUUUCCCAUUUCACCUUCUUCUUUCUCAUCCCAACAUGAUAUUAUUAUCAAAUCCUACAAAUUAUUUCUAUGGCUAAUAACUCCCAUCUCCUACUCUUUUUUAUUAUAUGCUUAUCCUUCUUUUCUUGUAUUCCAUUUGUUCAUUCACUAUCCACUGUAGCCAUUUCAGAGACUGCUAAUCAAACACUAAUCUGUGCUUUAAUUAAGCCCCCUAACCAACAAGCUUUUGUCCUAAACUGUACAAGUUUCCCUCAAGGAAUCCAAAUUCCUGUGAAUCCCAAUACAUCAUUUUCUGGGAUAGUAGCUGGAUACGGAUUUCUUUGUGGGUUAAUUUCACCAUCUUCUUCAAUUAUGGUUUGCUGGAGAUUCUCUACCAAUGGAACUAUAACGUCCUACAAGCGUAUCUAUGGUGGCCCUGCAGCUAUCAAAGAUCUUGAUGCUGGGAAUUCUCGCAUUUGUGGCCUUGUAAAUGGUACCGACCAGCUUGAGUGCUGGCAGUGGCAAAGAUUUGGUGACUUUCGUCCAAGCAGGGAUCAUAACUUUUCAAGUGUUGCUGUGGGUGAGAAUUUUGUAUGUGGGUUAUCAGCAAUUGGAAAUAUUACCUGCGUUGGAAAUAAUGCUAAUGUUGUCGGCGGAGAGCCUCGUGGGAAUUACUCUGUGGUCUCUGCCGGAUUUAGGCAUGCUUGUGCUAUCUCUGAAAACAAUAGUUUGGAUUGCUGGGGAGAGAUGGCGGGUGAGAAACCACAGGGAAAGUUCAUAUCAUUGGCUUUAGGAGAAAACCGUAGUUGUGCUCUAUGGCAUAAUGAAACAGUUGUCUGCUGGGGGGAAAAUAAUUUCAGCCUGCCAGAACGUUUGCAAGGGACUUAUUUCGUCACCAUUGAAGCAAAGCGCAGUGUUUUCUGUGGAGUUGUGAAAGCAAAUUAUUCUUUGUUCUGUUGGGGUAAUGAAAUUCUUGACUCAAAAUUAAUGGUGUUUGACAAAGUUAUGCCAGGGCCAUGUAGUAGUAAAUGCUCAUGCGGUAUAUUGGACUUGUCUUCCGCCAUUUGUGGUCAGGGAGUAUAUAUCUGCAAGCCUUGUGAGGGAGAAACUUCUCCUUCACCACCACAAUCCCAUCAUACCAGUGGUUGGAACAAAAAAAUGGUGGCUUACUUAGUAGUGGGGUGUGUGGGAUCCUCGGCUCUGAUACUAGUUUGUUGUUUCUUUUUGUACAAAUAUUGCAAGGAUAGAGGAUGUCGCCGAGUCCAUGACUCGGGCCGCUUGGACGAGCCAGGAACUACACCUGAAAAUGUUCCAAGCCCACGUCAACAACAAGCACCACCGGUUCUAGAGAAGCGAUUGAGCCAUUUGGUUAGUUUGGGAAACGGUGUGCCCAUGGAACAAUUUCCUUUGCAAAUGUUACUUGAAGCGACCAACAAUUUUUCAGAAGAUCACAAGAUUGGAACAGGUAGCUUUGGCUCAGUCUACCGAGCCACUUUAGAUGAUGGCCGAGAAGUGGCUAUCAAGCGUGCUGAAAUUUCAACGUCUACACCAUAUGUGAACAAGCGAGAGGAGGACAAUGACAAUGCUUUCAUAAAUGAGCUGGAAGCUUUGUCCAGGCUCAAUCACAAGAAUCUUGUCCGUUUAUUGGGAUUUUGUGAAGAUAGCAAUGAGCGUGUAUUGGUCUAUGAGUACAUGAAAAAUGGUACCCUUAAUGACCAUCUUCACAAGCUUCAAGGUACUCCUCUAAUGUCAUGGGCUGCCCGAAUUAAGGUUGCACUAGAUGCAGCUAGAGGCAUUGAGUAUUUACACGUGUAUGCAGUUCCACCAAUCAUACACCGCGAUAUCAAGUCGUCUAACAUAUUACUAGACGACACAUGGAACGCCAAGGUGUCUGAUUUCGGCCUAUCAUUGAUGGCUCCCAUGGACGAAGAGUCACACCUUUCACUUCUUGGAGCAGGUACGGUUGGUUACAUGGAUCCCGAGUACUAUAGACUUCAACAAUUGACAACCAAAAGUGACGUGUACAGCUUUGGAGUCGUAUUGCUCGAAAUGUUGUCCGGGUACAAGGCAAUUCAUAGGAAUGAAAACGGGGUGCCCCGAAAUGUGGUUGAUUUUGUUGUUCCAUACAUUGCCCAAGACGAAAUUCACAGAGUUUUGGACCCAAAAGUACCACCACCUACUCCAUUUGAAAUAGAGGCAGUGGCAUAUGUUGGGUACCUAGCAAUGGAUUGUGUAAAUCUAGAAGGUAGAGAUCGUCCCUCGAUGACUGAAAUUGUAAAUAACCUGAAAAGAGCCUUGGACGCUUGUCUAACGCACCCAAAACUAUCUCGGUCCUCGACGGAGUCUUCAACAUAGUCAUUUUGCACAUGUGCCAUGAAAUGGUCCAUUUUUGUAAAUCAGAUUUUUUAUUUAUUUAUAUAUAUACAAAUCAAUUUUUCCACA